AUGGAGAAACAGGGUGACUCCUUUGGCUCUGCGAGGCCCUUGGGGGCUCCGCGCCCCACUAGCUCAGCACGGGCCCAUCCACAGGGGGUUUCGAGGCCCCAAGGGGGCUCUCCUGGCAUGGCAGUGACUGCUGCAGUGAUAGAAACCGGUUUGGAUCCUCCAAUUAAGGGGCUUGACCCUCUGGUGUCUGAGGUGUGCGGGAGGCCCCUGGAGCGAGUGCCUAUUGUACGCAUUUAUGGGCCUUGGGGAGCGGGGGGCCCCCAUUGCUGUCUGCACUUGCAUGGGCUGUUCCCUUAUUUCUAUGUACCAGCCCCUCCAGAGGCUUACGGAGAUGGGGCCACCGCGUUUUUGCGUUCUUUCGCCCGCCGCCUGGUGCUAGAGGCAGACCGCCUUAUGGCAUCUAGAGCUCGUGGACCCCAAAGUGGGACUAUGCCAGGGGGCCCCAGAACGAGAAGACAAGGGGGCCUUGGCGGCCGUUCGGUGCAGCGAGAUAUGGGGGCUGUAGGAGCACGAGGAGGGUUCAAGGGGGGCCCCCUUGUGCAGAAAAUAGAGGUUGUGAGGCGGUUACCAUUCUACGGAUACCACAGAGACUUUCACUUCUUUUUAAAAAUAUCGCUAACGGUACCCGAAAUGGUGGGCCCUCUGGCUGGCCUUCUGCUGAAGGGUGUCGUGACGGGCUCUCCUAUGCAGCCUUCUAUUAUCUCUGUCCUCGUUGUCUCCCUGGGUCAUCUGCAGACCCAAGUCUUGGCGGACCUUCACCUCAAAGGCAUGGCACCCGUCUUUGUUAACAAACCCUUCUUUAGAGUUCCUGUCGUUCUUCACCCGCUGGCUGCAGCAGGCAUCCACGGGGGCCCUCAAGAGGGUCCUCUCAACACAGGACUGCAGGCAACAGCUGUCAGGGGGCCUCAGGGGCUCACUUCGAGGGCCCCUUUAGCUCAGGGGACGCCCGAGUGCGUUUCUGGCGUGCCUCAGGACGGGCUACCGGCGCCUCUGAGCGACGAGAGUUGGAGGGGCCUUAGCCCAGAGUUUGAAAUGCUAGGGAUAGGGGCCCCCAGGACCUUGGCCGCGCUGGGUUGGGGGAGGCUCCUGCAGCAACUGCACCAAAAGAGCUCGGCUGCAGGAAGGACUGGGGCGGCAGGUCCUGCAGCAGCAAUUUCAGCAGACGAAUUAACAAAUAGCAGCACCAGUUCUGCUGCACGUCUGUGUGAGCUUAUAAUGGAGGCGACUCCACCGAGGGGCCCACAGGGUCUUCGGCUGCUGAGUGUUCCACGACGCAGCAAAUGUGUAUUAGAGGCAGACGCAAGGGUAGAACAGGUCCUGAACCCGAUUGCAGCUGUGGAGAUGGCAGAAGCAGAGGCAGCAACAGCGGCAGCGCAAAGUCAGCACGCGAAUCACAAGACACCGGAGGGGAUUUCGUCCAUGCAGAACGAGCAGCAGCAGCCGAACUCCGCACCGAAACCGCUCAGCAGCACCACCACCAAAAGCAACAGUAAUGGCAGUGACGAGAGCAGCAGCAGCAGCGGCAAAGGCUUUUCUGCUCGGCUCGUUGGCAGCGUUGCGGAGUACUGGAGAGAAGAGGCGGCAAGAGCAGCAGCACUUGGAUUUCCACCCCCUUCAGCUUCAGAUUGGGGGCCUCAAGAGGGCAUCCGAGACCCCCACGGGGCGGUCGCUCCUGAAUUGUGGAGGAAGGCCCUUAAGGACACUCUGAAGCGUAUAGAGACAUGGAUGCACCAGCAGGAGCAGGAGCGGCGGCCGGUGCAUCAGCCACUCCCCAUAAAGCAGAGCACAAGCAAUGCUCAUGUGCCACACCCAGCGGCGCAGCAGCAGCGGCAGCAGCAGCGGCAGCAACAGAAACAGCAUCAGACCAAUGUAGAAGUGAUUCCUGCUUCCUUAUCAUCGAACUGGGAGGCAUCGCAGCAGUCUGUAGCCUCUGAUCCCGAAGCAGAGGGUGGUUUGUACACCCAGGGGUCUCCAGAUGUACCUGCAGCACUGCCUGCGUUCUUGGAUGCACCCCUUCAUCCCCCAGGGUCCAAGCUACAAGAUCCUCCGGUGCUGCCGCAGGGUCGCCAGGGGCACCUUCUGGCGCUGUGCAGCAGCCAAGGCUCGGAAGCGGCCCCUUGCCUCUUAAGCCAGGGGCGGCCACCUUCUCAGAAGGCUUCCGUCGGGCUGCAGCCCGACGCCAAGGCCGCACAUCCUAGCCCUGAAGACAUUCUGGAUCUAGCAGACCUAGGGGACGAGGCGUUCGCUGCGCUGUUGACAUCCCAGGGAGCUGGAGGGCCGUCCAAGGCAACUGGUCCUUCCGAACCCCGUGGGGGCCCCCAUGGAGCCUACAACCCGGUUUCUGCAGAGCUGCAAGCUGUAUCGGAGGGCAGCAACGCCGACUGCAGCAGCCUUAGCGAUAGCAGCUCGCCAACGCGCGCUUCCCGCCCCACAAUCGCCUUCCAGUUUCCACGGAGAACGCCGGCACAGUGCAGCAGCAGCAAUACCAGCAAGAGGUGCAGCAAAUGCUGCAGCAGCUGCUGCAGGUGUGCCUACUCUAUCGAACGCAAGUGUUGCUCAUCAGAUGUGGAGGACUUAUUGCAAGCAUGCGAGGCAAAACGGUUGGUCGCUGAGGGUGCCGGCGGUUCGCCUCAUCCCCUAGGGGAGGUAUCAUUGAGCAGCUACUGCGCGCUUGAUGAUGAUUGUGUGGCACCCCCAAGAGAUCUGCCAGACGGACGGAGCCGUGGGGCGUCGUGUCUGCCAAAUCCCGCCGAUGAAGUUCCACGAGCUCGAAGUGCAGAAGCCGCAGCACAAACAACAACGGCAGGAGCAGUCUCAGGAGCUUCCCCCAAGAUGCUAGCAGCAGCAGCGACACCAGCAGCCGCUUCAGCACCUGAUGUAUCCGAAGCAGCGAGCAGCAGUUCCUACACACCAACGGUGAGGCUUGGUCCCCGCUCCUCUUGCGAGGACCUGUCUCCGACUCAGCCGAUGAAUGGUCCGCAGUUCGGCGCCCUGUGGUCUUUGGGGCCAUGUGGGGGUCCUCCGCACACAGCGACAGCUGCAGCAUCAGCCACCCCAAAAGGAGCAAUACCAGCAGCGCAUGGAAACAUUGCCGUGGUUGCCAAGCCGGUGGGCUACGUACGCGGCAGCAGAUGCAGAAACAGCGGAGGAGCCCCUUUGGGGUCGUUUGCGUGCAGUAGAGAGGGGAGAGACUCAGCUGCAUCCGAAUCCAGUGUCUCUGUCAUAUCGGUAUCCCCCACUGCAGAAAAAGCAAACGCAGGUGCAUUAGCUGGUGCUGGUGUUGCUGCUGUUGCAUCGGGUGAGAGAGAGGUGGGAGAGAUCACUCCGUUUUACAGCAAUCCUCGCGAUGUUCCCGCUGCAGUUAAUCCGCUUGCGGCAACUCCCGGGGGCCGCCAUCGCCAGCAGCAACAAGGAUUGACUCCGCCGCCGUGCGCAUGCAUUAGUGCAGCAACAGCAACAGCUACGGCAGCAAGAGGGUUGCCAACUAGUGCUGAGCGAGUAGAGCUUCGGUCAGACUUGUUGCGAUUCCUUCACCGGCAGCAGCAGCUGCAGCAGCCGCAUCCACAGCAGCUGCAGCUGCUGCUGCAGCAGUGCCGGCUGGAAGAGGGCAAUCGAUGUUGUUUUGUAUAUUUUCGGCCCCCGCCAAGCGAAGCUGAAGUGUUCGGUAGCUGCCCGUUGAAGGUCAGACGUAUAUGGCAGCAAGGAGCAGCGCAGCAGCAACAGCAGCAACAGAAGCAACUGCCCCAACAGCCGCUGAAGCAGCGCAUGUGUGGCAUCGAAAUGGAACAUUCAGAUAGUGCGCAGUCCAUGGACGCAGAUGGCAGCAAUGCCAAAGGUCCAGCAGCGCCACUGCGGCAGAAGGAGCAAGUACCAAACCAACAGCGGCAAGCGCAGCACGGGGAGAGCGCGGAGUAUGGUGGAGCGCUGCAUCAUACGGAGGAGGAGACCAGAGUCCAGCAAGCAGAAAAGACCGAAGCCAUUGAGGCAAACGUUGCUUGCGCACGAGAUGCUCGAGAAAGCUGCAACAGCAACAGCAAACGCAGAGGCAAAGCGUGCAUGGUAACCCGGGUGGACAACAGCGGGAGGAUUGUAAGCUACGUGGCCGCGCAGCUGCCGCAGCAGCAGCAGAAAGAAGAGUUUACGGAUGCUGCCACAUCUCAAAGUAGCAGCAGCAGUAGCCAGCGCGGGCAAGGUUCUCAAGUGAGCGUUGCUUCAGAUGUACUGAAAGCUAAAAAGGGCCUCUUUAGCCAGAGCGAAGAGGGGACGAAGGCCCGUGAGUGGGCCCGGGGGGCCCACACGGAGGCCAAGACUGCAACCUAUGGUGCGCUGCUCGCGCUAGAAAUCAUCACAGAAUGCCCAGUUAUGGCAGCAACGGAAGCAGCAGCAGCAGCAGCAACACCCAACCCUUGGACCUGUGCUGUCUUGGCUAUUUGCUUUGUCUUACGCGAUGAAAGGCUGCAACUCUGCGCAGCGAGGUUUCAACAGCAACACCAGCAGCAGCAGCAACAGGAAUUGGUGUACUCCGACGUAAGUGGCGUUAUCAUAUACGACCCCAUCGGGCCCACCGGGAUUUCUUGCUGGCGUACUCCAUUGUCUCUUGGGGUCUCUAGGAGGCCUGCCGAGAGCCGCAUGUUUGGAUGUAUCGACAGCUGCGUAGAUAGGCAUUGGUGGCGGUGCGUCGUCAGUAGCGAGAAAGAUUUACUGCUGCAGUUCUGCAGCGUCGUCGCCGCAGCAGACCCGUCCCUGCUACUGCAGUGGGAAGAGGGGGGUCGGGGCUUCAACUUUCUAUGCAAACGUGCGGCUGCCCUGGGCAUAGGCCAUCUGUUUAGACUGAGAUGCAGCCGCAGGGCGGAUGACAUAUCUUCUGCGCCCGCCUGCUCGGGGGCCCCCAGCGCGGGCGGUGCUGAGCCUAGAAAGACCGCAGGGACUCCAGGAACCGCUGGAGCCGCCUCGGCACCUGGGGCGAUCACGGCGGUUGGCGGGAGGUCGGACGUGCGACGAAGGAGACGAUGGGUGCGAGGAAGCACUGCCGUGUGUGGCCGUCUGGUGCUUGAGGGCUGGCGUGUGCUACAGAAGGAAAUGAAGCUCCAACAUUCCGACCUGAAUGGGGUUGCAGCAGAUGUUUUGGGGAUCAUCUCCCCCUCAAUUCCCCCGUCCAUCAUUGCAGCCAUAUGGCAGCAGGCACAGCAGGCGCGAAGGAGGAAAUUGAUCCAGCAGCAGCAGCAGGAGAAGGGAGAUUUGUGGGCUCUUCAGUCGAUAGCCAAUAUAUUGUCACACGUCAUGAAUAGGGUGCGGCUCUGUCUCCGCCUCGUGGACAGCAGUGAAGUGCUGCCCCGCACAUGCGAACUCGCGAGGCUUUACGGCUGCUCCCUGCAUUCGGCCCUGACACGCGGCAAACAGACCUAUCUUAGAGGAGCGGUUCGCAUGGGGCUAAGCGUGGAUCCUCUGGAGUCUGAGACGAAGACGUUGGGUGUGUUGACAGUCCAUGCGCCUCCCCAAAUCUUCGCACAAGUCAUGCAAGCGCAUGCAGAAGCCACUGAUGCAGGACCGUCAUCGUGGCCCAGCCCCGGGGCUCCUGGAGAAGAUCCUAUGAGGGUACUGCCAGGAGGUUGUAUCUUCGUUUCACGCCGCGUCCGUCAGGGCAUAUUGCCGACGCUCCUAAAUGACAUCUUGCAGACGCGUCUCAUGGUGAAGCAGGCAGCCAAGCGAUAUAAAGGAGGAGGCUUCGCGGACCAGGCGCUCUUGAGGAAAUUAGAAUAUCGCCAGUUUGGUCUGAAGAUGAUUGCUAACGUCACUUACGGAUACACCAAUGCAAACGUGAGCGGGCGGAUGCCCUGCGCAGAUGUAGCGGAUGCGAUCGUUGAGACAGCACGGGCCACUUUGAUCCGAGCCAUGCAACUCAUCGAGCAAACCCAAAAAUGGGGCGCUCGCGUGCUCUACGGGGACACGGACUCAAUGUUUGUGUUAUUAAAGGGGCGGUCGUUGGAGGCUGCAUUUGCCAUUGGCAAGGAGAUCGCAGAAGCUGUCACGAGGAGCAAUCCGGCCCCCAUUACACUGCAGCUCGAAAAGGUCUAUCUGCCUUGCUGUCUGAUUACCAAAAAGAGAUAUGUGGGCAACGCCUACUUCUCCCCCUGCGGGCCGCCGACAUUUGACGCAAAGGGCAUAGAGACCAUCCGCAGAGACCAGUGUCCUCUGACAUCGGCCCUGUUGGAGAAAAGCUUGCGUGUCUUCUUCCAAACGCGAGACCUUUCCAAAGUCAAGGAACUGCUGUACAGACAGUGGAGUAAGAUGUUACGAGGCCAAAUACCCAUCCGACAUUACAUUUUUCAUAGAAGGGCCAAACUUGGCACAUACCGCGCGGAGACGGGGGAGGCACCUGCGGGAACCCUCCCUCCUCAAGCUAAAGUUUUGUAUGAGCGGCUGCAUCACCAGGGACAGGGAGGAGGAGCAGCCGCCGCUACUGACUGCUACGGCAUGCGCGUACCCUUCGUGUUUUCCCAAGUAGCAGGGGACGCGGACGUGCCGCUAGGAUCAGCAGGCACUGGGCUCAAGGCGAGCACGUCGAGGCUCAUCGACUGCGCCACGUCCCCCGACAAUGUUUGGGGGGGGCGCCGGGAUCCCAUGGAGUUGCAGGCCCUGUUGCGGGGUAGGGUGCAUGCCUAUAUGAGGCCCUUAGCGCUGCUGCAGCAACCAGAAGAAGACUUGCUGCAACAACAUCAACAGCAACAACAGCAAGAACAGCAUCCAGUUGUGCACCUUCACUACCGCUACUACAUCACCAAGCAAAUCAUUCCCGCUAUUGACAGGCUUUUCUCCCUGUUGCCCCCUCCAGGGCGUGCAGAUCUGCUGCAGUGGUUCAGAGACAUGCCGAAGCCUGCGCAGCCACUCACGACCGCGAUGGCUUGCCGUUCAACGCUGGCGCCUCAUCAGCAACAGCAACAGCUGCUGAAACAGCAGCAGCAGUCUUUGUUGAAGCAGCUCGGAAUAAGGUCUCUAACAGCGGGCGGCACAGCCAGGGAACGGCUGGUGCUGCAACGCUUUUUUGCAGGUGCUUCGUGUUUAUUCUGUGGCAGCAGGUGUAGAGAGUUGGGGCCGCUUUCUUUGCACUCCACCUCUAGGAAAGUUAGAAGACUUGCACAAACGAACAAGCGGGAAAAAGAAAUGCGCACCAACGCAGAAGAAGCUGACGAAGCGACUGUCCGUAGGAAACUGGUGCAGGAGCUGCUGCAGUCAGGCUUCACCAGCCCCAGCAGCAGCGGCAGUGAAGAAGAGCCACCUCACCAACAAGGGUUGCUGCAGAGUCGGAGGCGAAUGGGAACUACUACAGAUCUGACGAAGAGCGAAGCUGUUUUAGCGCCUCCUCCCGUCUGCAAGGAAUGCAGCAGCAACCCCGCUGUCGUUUGCCUCCGUUUGUACCAGCGACUCAACAAAGUUGAACGCAGACUGGCGGCUGCAGCGGACUUGUGCAGACACUGUGCAGGCUCUCGCCUAUGCGCAGAAAGCUGUAUCCAGGCCUGGCACUGCGACGUGUACUACAGAAGGAACUCGGAGGCCGGAAAAUUGAAAGUUGUGCAGCACCAAAUGCGAAAUUUGGGGAUAUUUGUUGACAGUUCCGUGACCGUAAUGCUUCAUUAUAUUCGGGGGCCCUCCAAGGCCCCUUCCGUGGACUGUCUUGGCUUUAAGGCCCCAAACUUCGAGCUGCCUGUCCAUGAAACAGUCAAGAGAGUUGCUCACCUGACACUCAAAAGCGGACACGCCCCGGCUGCCCGCGCUGCACGUGCCUCACGAGGCCCCGAGAGCCACAAAACUCUGCAUAGCCUUCUGGAAGAUCUUUUAGUCCGCGGCCUUUCGGUAACAGUGGGUCUGCAGCCAGGGUCUCGUGAAGGGCCAGCGCUUGGCCUCAAGCCGGAGAGCGUUGUGCUAUAUUUGCCCCUGAUCAGAGAGUGCCAAGGGCCCCCGAAGCUGCACGUACGUGUAACGCGUAGGGAGGCCUCUCCGCUCCGGCCGCUUCAGGUCUGUUUGUCGAGCUCAACGGUCUCAUUCUGUGCAGAGUGGGGAGCAUCAAGCGGCUUAGCUGCCCCGGAGGAGGCCGCCCGACGCGGCAAGUUAGGCGAAACGCUGCCGGCAGGGUACUCCUCAUCGGCGGUUGCGAGCCCUACAAGCCAGACAGCAGAGCCUGCAGCGGCAGGCUCCUGCAUUGUUCAACUCAUUUCUUCUUGCGGAUCCCUCCUUUGCUUUAAGGCUGACCCGAGGGCGCCGCUGGAGAAUCAACUAGCGCAUGACGUCCUCUGUAUCUUCAAGGCUUUCGACUUUGAUACGAUUCGGCUCUACGGAUGCCUCUGUGCUGCUGUAAAGGAGGCACCUGGUCACAAGCAGUUCGAGAAACUCCUUGACUCUUUGCCUCUCUUCGCCCUGAAACAGCGCGGGUUUUCUGCUGGAGAGAAUGGGGCAUCUAAAGGGGCAGCCACAGCAGCGAGGGCAACGCCAAAGACAAGAGCAAAAACACCUGCAAACACCGCAUUAGGGGGCUCUGCCACUGCAGACAGGGCUCAUGCAGAUCCCUAUUGGCCGGGGCCUUCCUGGGGGUCCGUUGAUCGCGCUCUCCCUUGGGCCACGGCGCUAGCCAGCAGUUGGAUUGUGCAUAUAGCCAAUCAUGAAGAUGGCGUCAGGGAGCGGCACUCACUUAUCUGUGCCUUCCGCCGGUUUGUGUUCACCGCAAAAGAAAAAGGCCAUAUGAUCGCCGCUGGCAUUGCUUCUGGAAUCGAAUGCCCCAGCGAAGGGUCCACUCUAGGCCUUGACACCACCGUCCCAUCCGAGGCCACCAUCGCUGCUGCCUCCGUUUGUGCGUCGAGGACGUUUUUGGGAUACAGUGCCCUCAAAUCCACCCUAAGUGCAGAGGGUUCUCUUGAAGGCCAAACCGCACCAGCAGCAGUGGCAGUGGCAGACGCGCCACAUGCACCAGCAGGACCAAGCACAGCAACGGAAGGAGCUAAGGAAAUUGCCUCCACCAGUCCCCUACAGACUCUAGAGGCGUUUGAGGGGUCUCGUGUUGGCCCCCAAGGGAGCCCCAAACACCCGCCUGGAGCCGCCCAGUGUGCGGGAAAGCAGCAGAGAUGCAAAAAGUCGUCAUCCGCUACCAUGCAGAGGGCUCCACUUGUGGCGAUUCCAGGGUAUUCGUGGGAUGCAUUUCCUGCCUUGCAAGAGGAAGAAAGCAGGCAACAGCAACAAAACAAGCAUCACCAAAAGCAGCAUCAGGUACUGCAAGGCACACCGUGGAGGCCUCGGUCGCAGUCGGCUCCCGCGAGAAGUGCGGCUCCAGCGAAAGCGGUGGUAGAAGCCUUUCCAAGGAAGUGCCAAUAUUCUCCAUCCGUUAUGCUGGGUCUCAGGAGGCAGUCUCUGCUGCUGCAGCCGCCGUACAAGGCUUUUAACCUAAUGUUACAGCAGCAACAGCUACAACGCAGUCAAGAUGAGCCAUCGAUACCAUUCUCUCCCAGCGCUUCCCCUGCUACGGGGGGAGUAGCUAUCCCUCCUGCUUUCUCAUCCCCAGUUUUGGGAACAGCAGUGGCCCCUUGUUUUCCCAGGCGCCCACAUCAUGACUUUCUCUUUGCGCCUCCCCCUCCACCUCUCCCUCGUCGGCAAGAGGGUCCUCUACAGCACCGGCGAGGCCCACAGGAACAGCCAAAGAGGACACAGCAGUCCGGCUGUGUGGGGAGCUCCUGGGAUGGAUUUGCUAAUGCGGGGCCCCUUCUGCCCCUGCCCAGGGUUACACCCUCGGGGCCGCCUCUCCUACCCACCCCGCGAGGCCCCCCAAUCGCGGCUGGACCCUUUCAGCAGCUUGACCAGUGCGGCUUACUGACGGGCUAUUGGGGAUCUACUGGGCCUGGAACUACAGGACCAGCAACCAAAACUGGAGUCCCUUGGGUCCCAGGAUCCCUUGGGGCUCUAGGAGGAUCGGCGGUGAGGCCGUUGCUGUGCCUUCCUAUGGAGCACGAUGGAAGCCGAGCUCCUGUGCAUACAACCAUGCUGCAGCAGCGUGAUCUGAUGCGACAGCAUCUGCACAACCAUCUUCAGCACGAACUGCUGCUUCAAGGAGUCCCCUCUGCUGCCUUCCCAGAGUCACCCGUUCCCACCAACCCCGAAAGUGUUCGCAGGGUCACCCGAACGACUAAGUCUCCCCGAAAGGGGUUGUCGUGCCCUCAACAGCGUAGACAGAAGCAAAGCCAACAAAACCAGCAGCAACAGCAAGUACAUAACCAGAGUGCCAGCAACAAGUCGACCCCGGACCAUCGGAAUGACCCCUAUGCGAGGGCCCUUCCUUUAUCUAACGAAGCAGCGCUACAGAAGCUGCUAGGGAUGGUCACAUCACUGUUGAUGUCUCGUUCAGGAUGUAAGGAACUGCGGCAGCAGCAACAGUAG